UUACGGACGCGCGAAGCGUCUCGCGAAUUGCAAUUUCGGCGUCGAAUAAAUACGUAAACCUAGACGAAAAAAUAUUUAAAAAAUGAUAUCGAGGUGCGCGUUUCGAGUAAAAAUUACCAGAUCGCUAUGAAUACCGAUUACAUAAAUGGUAAUAAUUUUCGUCGUCGCGAUUUCUUGCUGGCCGUGCGAUUGUCAUCGAUUCAAUAUUUACCAUGAAAAUAAAUUGGUCGUUAGUUUCAACACGGUAUUAUGGAUUUAAGUAUUCAAAAUGUUUGACAAAUCGCGUUUAUUAUUGUGUUUGAUUUAUUUAUGUAUUAUAAAAAGCGCUGAAAGUAUAAAACUUCUACGUAUAGUUGUACCACCGUAUAAACUACGAGGUGACCAGGCUAUACUAGAAUGUCACUACGAACUCGAAGGAGAUUCCUUGUACGCUGUCAAAUGGUAUAAAGACAACGAAGAGUUUUUUCGAUACGUGCCCAAAUCGCAACCGCCUCUUUUCUCGUAUAAGCUGGACGGCAUCAAGGUUGACCAUGAGAACUCAGACAGCAACCAUGUGACGUUGAAGUCAGUGAACCUGCGAACCAGUGGCACGUACCGAUGUGAAGUCUCAGCCGAAGCCCCAUUUUUUUCGUCAGCUCAAAAAGAAGGUCGAAUGGAAGUUGUAUUUUUACCAAGAAACGGACCGCAAAUUACCGGCGAGAGAACGGAAUAUCAAAUUGGUGACGAAUUGAAUUUAAAUUGCACGUCGGGUAAAUCGUAUCCGCCAUCUUUGCUCAGGUGGUACGUGAACGAAAAACCGGUAAAAGACAAAGAUCUCAUUCAUUACACCGCCCAUACGUUUGCACAUGGUUUGGCAGCAUCGAUACUGGGCUUACGACUGACCAUACUGAGCGAUCAUUUUGUCGACGACGGUAGCAUGAAAGUCAGAUGUGUAGCUACGGUGGCACCUUUACUAUGGCAAGGGGAUCGAGAAAGCGUGCUGCAAAAGAUAGACAAACGAGAAGCCUUAUUACUCGUGAAAAGUUCGAAAGCAGUAGCGAAUCGACUGGACAGAACGAUAAUCCUACCAAUUCUGAGCUACGUAUUAUGUCUGACAAUGGCUUUAUGAACAACACUUACCUUCUCACCAUCGACUCGUAGCUGGCAUUUCCGGUUAGCUGAAAAGUUACGCCCAAGUCUACGUUCCUUCACGUGUAUAGGGCCCACCAUUUUCUAUAAUUUUCGUACAUGUACAUAAUAUUCUUUCGAAAAAUGUACAUACAAACAAAGAUGUUCGACGCAGCGCAGAGAGCUUUUGUAAACGCGCGAGAAAUUUUUUAUUAUUAUACCGUUUUUCUACCUAGUACGUUUAUAUCCGAACGUACGAGCGGGAAUUAGAAUUGAAGCAAAGUUGUACGUAUCAUUUGCAUUUCGUUGUGUUUUUCUUCUUCGUUCGUAUAAACACGUAGAGCGUUAAUUCUCUUCGCUCAUCCGUUUCGUGUGUCUUAAUUAAAACGCUGCUCUGCCGGUACACUACACAUCCUCCUUCUGGUAGUAGGUACUCUGCUCCGCACACUUGCUCUAUAUUUCGACGACUUCGACGCGGAAACUUCCGGUCAUCAGAUUUCAACUGUGCUGGAGCUUUUCUAACUAUAAACCGCGUUCGUUCUCGUGAAAGACUCGUACAAACGUGUGGAAUAUUUUGGAAGAUGAAGAAGACGUUGACAAUAUGAAUGAUACUCUUUUAUAGCGUAUGGUACCGCAAAAGUACCUAGAACAACCUACAAAAUACGUGUACUACGAGAAUUCAACAGAUGGUUCGAGAUGAGCUUAGCACGACGACGACGACGUAGACGAUGUGAUACACUCGUACUCUGCUCAUAUAAAGCAAAUAUUAUACACAUGAUGAGAUGAGAGCUCAAUAAACGAAGUACAAGAAGUAAAGAAAAAACGACUACCAGAUUCUACGACAAAUAAUCGUAUUACCUUGUUCAACCGGAGGUAAAUACGUUCAGAAAUUUGGCAUUUGUGUCUGCAUGGUGUAUUUAUAGAGGUAGGUGGAUGGUAUAAUACCAUUUGUACCCAACUACCCACAUUUAUGCGUCAAUCACACCCACUCAAAUAUCCAACGAAAUAAGCCAAAUAGGAAUAUGUCAGUCCAAUCAGAAGCAAUUUUACUUCGUUUGGUCCUACUUUGACGUAUUUUUGCAAUAUGUACAGAAGAAUUAAAUCGUCGGUCAAUGAAUUUCUUGCUAUAAUUGAUAAACGGUGUAAUUAAUUUUUUUUAUUGAAAUUGAAUGAAAAAAAAAACUGUUAAUGAAAUUUUUAUUUCUAAUCGAAUGUAAAUUUUGAACAAAAAAUUGUACAGCGUGUUAUAAUAAAGUAUUCUACAUACGUA